AUGGCCGCCAGACGUCCCAUGGAGGACUUUUUCUGCAAUCCUACCGACAGCUUCGUCGACCGCGGCAGGAAGCCUCGUUCAAGAAUGGAUUAUCAAUUGACUCACGCAGGCUACAAGCUACCUGACGCUGCCGUGGAUCACAAGACUCAACGACGAUCUCUAAAGUUGAAGGCAACGCCUAAGGAAUUCUCAGCCUCGCCGGUCUUCUGGCGCACCUACAACUCUGAAGAAGAACUCGCCUCACCAACCAGUCCAGGUGAUUUGAGCUCUCCCAUCGCGAGCAGUGCCAGCUCCAUCUCCGACGGCGGCAGCUUCGAGUCAUUUCCUGAAGGGUUCGCCGACACAUGCAACAAAUUCGAACAACAAUGCAGCUGUGCACAAGCGGUGACCCUGGUUUCGGUAGGGAAGGCGAAAGUGGUCUCGAUGCUUAAGCUGGUUGAUGUUCCCGCCAGCCCUCGCGUAAUGGUGCCGAUCAGAACGACACCGAUUAGCGCCCCGGUGUCGCGCUUUGCCAAUGGCACUGUCAGCGAGCCAUCACGGACGCCGAAGGCGGAAGUUCCACCUCCAAUUGUCGAUCAAUUUACGCCAGUACCGACGACACCAAAGUCUAUAUCAAAACUUGUCAAGUGUAGCAACAGCAUUCGUGAACAACCUAGCUUGCCGAAUAUUCAAAACGCAGCUCGAUCACAAUUCAGCAUGUCGAGUAGAUUACUACCGACUGGCCAACUGCCAGUCGCCGCAGACUUCCUCAAGCACGACCCAUAUCCGACUACACCACGCCACAUGCCAGACUCACCGAUCAGCCGCAAGUCAAUAUCACCAUCAAGACGACGAAUGCACAAGCUAUCCUCAUCACUCAGCCAAUACGUGUUCGGCAAGGACGGCACUCGCAGCCCCUCAGCAUCAAGCAGCGACGACGAGCACCUCGAGGAUGCCAUCAUCAUGACCGCCUCGCGGCACGACCUCAGAUCACCAACAAAACCAAGAAUGGUCCCCCGAGGCGCCAGCGAACGCGCACCACCUCUCGUCCUCCCAGCUUGGUCUAAAGGCUACGAGAGCGAAAUCGACGUCACGCAGUGGCCGGUCAAGAAGGAUCGAAGUGGCUCCAUGCCACGGGGUCCAGUGCUGCAUAAGCGUCGUCGCAGCAUCGCAGCCGCUCUGACGGUGCCCACGCAAGCCUAG